CUCUGAGCUCGUAGACUCCAGCCCGGUUCACCACUGUUCAUGCCCUGAGCUGGCACUUCGUGAACAGUUCGUGUCCCUCAAAGCAACUGGGGGAGUGCUGGGAACAUUUUACGAGCUCAGAAAUUGGUGAAGGGGAGCAAUUUGCUCAUGGGCGCCAGCUUUGUGCCUUGGGGGCUAGAGAGAGUGUGUCUGAGGAAGGGCUGGGGCACUGAAGUAGUGGACACUCCCUCCCUCCCAGGCCCACGGUCAAGAGGGCAGGGCUGACCCCAGCGAACUCUGCAAGGAGACCCACCUUGAACACGUCUGAUCACCAAAGGGCCUCAGAUGCCCGUCUAGGCUGGUCCGGCUGGGCCCACCUGCAACCGGGGGCAAGCAGCUGGGCCAAGCGGUGUUGGAAUCUGGCAGCGACAUGGAUGUGGAUGGGCCAGGAAGAGUCCCGGCGGCCUGGCUGCAGAGCGAUGAAUAAUGGUCCUGAGAGAAGGUGGACCUGCCCUUGGGCUCCUGGAGUGGCUGUUGAGAGGAGAAGAGAGAGCCAGACAGACCAAGACAGCAAGCAAAUAAUAACGACCCGAUAUGCCGGGGAAACGACUGUGGUAGACGCAUACAACGGGAGAUUUUUUUUAGCCACGCAAAGGAACAAAGUCCUGCCACGUGCUACAACUUGGAGGAUGAACCCUGGAAACAUUAUGCUAAGUGAAAGAAGCCAGACACAAAAGACCACAUCCUGCGUUUAUGCUCCAAAAGCUGUUUGUGGCGACAGUUGCACAACCCUACCUCAGCUUCAUCUCCCUCAACAUCCACAACCCCUCGACAGGACGGCACAGAGGGCCUGCAGGGGGCUGGGUGCUGUGCCUUUGCGGGAUUUAACGGAGAGCAAAACAGACAUGGUCUCUGCCUCAGGGAGACAGCGAAGGAAUGAGAAAACAGCCGGACACAAACCGCUGAAUGAACCCGGGUUGGAGGCCUCUAGCUCCCACCCAUUGGGAGUGCUGGCCUAUCACUCCCACAUUCCCAACAAGCCAUCAGCCUUUCUUCUUCCAAAAGGCAAUUGAUGACAGAGAUCGGGUACCGUCUCCAGCUGUCUCCUUCCUGGACUUCCUUUCUGCCUUUUCUCCUGGGAGCCCUGUUUCCAGACCCCUGUCUGCACCCUGCCCUUUGAGCAGCCUCAGGUUCAUUACCUGUGUCCCAUUGUUGAGCAGUGACCUCAGCGGGUCACCACGGGGCCUCUCUCUUAGGGACGUAGGCCAGAGCCCGCCUUCCCCUCCCGCUCCUGCACCGCUGAGCUCCCUGAGCGGCAGGCAGGGCCUCCCACGGAGCCGCG